UUCUUUCCUGCUUGCGGUCGCAUUGCAACACAGUUUACAAGCAACAUUGCAUGCUAUCAGCGGAGUUGUGAAGUUAUUAAACUGUUGCACCGCCCAAGACAGUUUUUGGUACAUUUCAGUUCGUCUUCAUGGUAACAUAAACCGGUGUGUGUGUGUUCUGGAGACGGUAAAAAGUCAGUGACCCGCAUGGAAACACAGCUCAGCUUUCCAUCUUCUGUAACAGGGAUUUUUGUGUAGUGCUGGUCGAUGUGAAGAGAGUUGUUGACUCGCUAACACGAGCGUUGCUCCAGCGUUACAUGUGGAGCAUGUGCGCAUUGUUAUUUUAGUUUAUAUGCAGUGUGGUACACAGCUUCAGUAAGGUUUGUGCUUUCUUACUUAAACAUGCGUCUGUUGGAAGUCUAAACCACUUAUAGUUUCGUUUUUGUGUGUGUGUGUGGAAACGGCUCUUUAGGUAGUUGCGGACGAUUGUUACGGUUUUGGUGAAACGCAACCAAAUAGCCUACCACGUUGAUCCCAAAGCAACAUGCCUAUAAGUCGUUUUGGGUGUCACAGGUCUCUGGUCGCUUACUCUCAAACCCCAACGUUGUCGUACGGUUACAAGAAAAUGAAUGUUUCAAGAAGUGGCUACCGUGUUUUUUCUGCUAACUCCACCACCGCCUGCACCGAGCUGGCCAAGAAGAUCACAGAACGAUUGGGUGUGGAGUUGGGCAAGUCAGUGGUUUAUCAAGGGUCAAACACAGAAACUAAAGUGGACGUGAAAGAGUCUGUCCGUGGACAAGACAUCUUUAUCAUUCAGACCAUUCCCAGAGAUGUCAACACGGCCAUCAUGGAGCUGCUGGUUAUGGCUUACGCCCUGAAGACGUCCUGUGCCAAAAACAUCAUCGGGGUCAUUCCAUACUUUCCUUACAGCAAGCAGUGCAAGAUGAGGAAGAGAGGAUCCAUUGUCUGCAAGCUGCUAGCAUCCAUGUUAGCUAAAGCUGGGCUGACUCACAUCAUCACCAUGGACCUCCACCAGAAAGAAAUCCAGGGCUUCUUCAGCUUCCCGGUGGACAACCUGAGAGCUUCCCCCUUCCUCAUCCAGUACAUCCAGGAGGAGAUCCCAGAUUACAGGAAUGCUGUAAUUGUGGCAAAGUCCCCUUCAGCUGCCAAGAGAGCUCAGUCCUAUGCUGAGAGGCUGCGCCUCGGGCUGGCAGUGAUGCACGGGGAGGCCCAUCAUUCAGAGUUGGACAUGGCUGAUGGACGACAAUCUCCCCCCUUGUCCCGCACCACUACAGGACACACCGGCCUUGAGCUGCCAUUGAUGAUGGCAAAGGAGAAGCCACCCAUCACUGUUGUUGGAGACGUAGGAGGCAGGAUCGCCAUCAUUGUUGAUGACAUCAUAGAUGAUGUGGAGGACUUUGUCGCAGCAGCAGAAAUCCUCAAAGAGAGGGGAGCCUACAAGAUCUACAUCAUGGCUACACACGGUCUGCUUUCUGCAGAUGCACCAAGACUAAUAGAGGAGUCUGCUAUCGAUGAGGUGGUGGUGACCAACACUGUACCUCAUGAGGUGCAGAAGCUUCAGUGUCCAAAAAUAAAAACUGUGGAUGUCAGUAUGAUCCUGGCCGAGGCCAUCCGGCGCACCCACAACGGAGAGUCCAUGGCUUAUCUGUUCCGCAACAUCGCUGUGGACGACUGAGGCAACACACACACACACGCGCACACACACACGCACACCGAUGACCAAGAUAAUCCCAGUGUUUUGCUUUAACCUGUUUGUUUUACUGAUAAAACACAGAAACUAGCUGUAUUCACUGUGUGUGACAUGAAGCAACUCAAACACUAUUCCUCUGACAUGUUACAUACUGGGACUGUACACACAACUCUUAACUGUUUCACUUCACUAAUGUAUGCUUCCUACCGUCUGAAGACAUAAAUAGCACAACAUAUUGUAUGAAGCGCGUCCUCUCAGUACGCUGCAGAAUUUGGCAAAUAAAAAUAUUCUUGGGUGAGUAAA